CGAGGGAGCCGCCAUUUUGGAUGCUGAGCGGCUUUCCCAAGUCAGUCUGUUCUGUUUUCACGCGUGAAUUCGGCUAGGAGGAACAGUACAACAUGCUAGGCUCUGGAUUUAAAGCUGAGCGUUUGCGAGUCAAUUUGAGAUUAGUCAUAAAUCGACUUAAACUAUUGGAGAAAAAAAAGACGGAACUGGCCCAGAAAGCAAGGAAGGAGAUUGCUGACUAUCUUGCUGCUGGGAAGGAUGAGCGAGCACGGAUUCGUGUGGAGCACAUUAUCCGGGAAGACUACCUCGUGGAGGCCAUGGAGAUCCUGGAGCUGUACUGUGACCUGCUGCUGGCUCGGUUUGGCCUCAUCCAGUCAAUGAAGGAGCUUGAUUCUGGUUUAGCUGAAUCUGUGUCUACCCUGAUCUGGGCUGCUCCUCGGCUACAGUCAGAAGUGGCUGAGUUGAAAAUAGUUGCUGAUCAGCUCUGUGCCAAGUAUAGCAAGGAAUAUGGCAAGUUAUGUAGGACCAACCAGAUUGGAACUGUAAAUGACAGGCUCAUGCACAAACUGAGCGUGGAAGCCCCACCCAAAAUCCUAGUGGAGAGAUACCUGAUCGAAAUUGCCAAGAAUUAUAAUGUACCCUAUGAACCUGACUCUGUGGUCAUGGCAGAGGCUCCUCCUGGGGUAGAGGCAGAUCUUAUUGAUGUUGGAUUCACAGAUGAUGUGAAGAAAGGUGGCCCUGGAAGAGGAGGAGGAGGGGGUGGGUUCGCAGCACCUGUUGGUGGACCUGAUGGAACAGUGCCAGUGCCCAUGCCCAUGCCUAUGCCCAUGCCGUCGCCAAACACUCCUUUCUCAUACCCUCUGCCAAAGGGACCGAUUUCAAUGGAUUGCCAGUGGGGACUUACCAGGCCUUUCCUAAUAUUCACCCACCUCAGAUACCAGCUACUCCCCCAUCGUAUGAAUCUGUUGAUGACAUUAAUGCUGAUAAGAAUGUCUCUUCUGCACAGAUUGUUGGUCCUGGAUCCAAGCCAGAAGCUUCUGGGAAGCCCCCUUCCAGACCCGCAGAUAACUUUAACUUUGUACUGCCAGAGUUGCCAUCUGUGCCAGAUACACUACCAACUGCAUCUGCUGGAGCCAGCACCUCAGCAUCUGAAGACAUAGACUUUGAUGAUCUUUCCCGGAGAUUUGAGGAGCUAAAAAAGAAAACAUAGGCUUAUUCCAGGCAACCUCAAGCUUCCUGGAGUUGAGACUCAGCAAUUUUUCCUUGCAACAACGAAUCUCCAUGAAAUUCCAUUUCACUAAUUAACUGUCACUGAGCACACUCUUCCUUGGGGCUCUCUUCCUGCUCUACCAAAUUCUGUUGCUUUCCAGUUCUUCGGUGACACUAAGAGACUAACAACUGGAGACUCGGCAGCCAGAGCACCUGGCUCUUAGCACCUCUGCCUGUCAGUGUCUUCCCCGGGAGAGAGAUGAAGCACAUGGGAGAGCACCUCAUGGACUGUCUUACCCUUGUGUUGAGGUUCCAGACUUGGAAACAAACCUCUCUGCACAUUGAGAUUGAGAAUCAAGGCCAUGGUGUGCUUUCUCACAUUGUGAGAAAAUGGUUCAGGAAGCCACCAUCACGGUUCCUGGAAGCUGCGCCGUCUUGUUGGCAUGUACACUCUAACUGCAGGGCACAGUUCCACCUGGAUCCAGUUGCAGAGUUGGAGGCCUCUCUUAGUUCUGCUGGAUUCUCAGGGAGCCCUUUGUGGCCUUUUGCUUUAUUUUGAGUGCUUUGUUCCUUUUUAGCAGAGGGCAGCACUAUAGAAAUUUGUUUUUCCCAUAGCAUGCUACUAGCAGAGGAAGGACAGGUCACAUAUUGGGCAGAAGUCACCAUUCAAGCACAGGGUGGGCUUCCAGCUGCCUUAAUAGAAGUGCUCAAGUCUCUUGGGUAGUGAGCUGGAAAGCCUACGGAAGAGGGUAUGUGUUUUCAUUUGAAAACUUAAAACAAUCUGAUCUCAACUUUUUCGUGCCCAUGUGGCUGUUGUUCACUGCUUUCCUGGGUGGAUGAGACUUGUAACUUAUAAUUUCUGUGCUUCUCUGUCCCCUAAUGAAGGCCAUCCUUCCCCACAGGGUUGGCUUUGGGACUCAAAGAUACAAGUUUUGCUUCUUUGCUUUGUAGUGUCUUUGUAUAUACUUGUUUCAAGCAACUUUUCUUUAAUGAUGGGUUUGUAUUUCAUAGAUCAGUAGCUGCUAAUAAAGUUAAAGGUCCUGUGUCCUGCUUUUUCCAUGGCUGGUCAAAUGAUAAUGUGUGAGUUUGAUUUUAGUGGACAAUAUUUUAAGCACAUGAUUCACAUUGAUGCCAGAGACAGCCUUCACCUUAGGUUUCCUCAGUUACACAGAUGGGAAAAAUUUCCAUCACUAUAUCUGAGCCCAGAUAGCCUCUGUGAGAUUGCUUAGUUACUCCUUUGUGGCAGAGGCUCUCAGCCAAGCCUGGUGCAUGUGUAUCUGUUUUCA